AUGCCCCCUCGGAGUAUUGAGGUCUAUGACCACUCCGGCGAUCAGAGAAGAGCCCUCGGAAACCUCCUCAAAACCGGUGACUAUUGCGACUUCGUCAUCAUCUGUGGCCAGGCGCGCCACAAAGUCCACAAGGCAAUCAUCUGUCCUCGAUCUGACUUCUUCAAAGCAGCCUGCGGCAGUGGAUUCAAGGAAGCUCAGACAGGCGAGAUCGAACUACCCGAUGAUGACCCGUUUGCCGUGAGCAUGAUGAUCCAGUAUCUCUAUCAUCAAACGUACACUAUCCCACACGACUUGAGCCUGGUUCGGGAAGAUCAGGGGUUUCCUACGGCUACUUCCAAGCCUUCAGCAGCGCCAUUGAGAAGCACUCGUCAUUCUUUCAGUGGUGACUCCUCUGCCAUCCAUUCUCUUCUGCAUCCACUGCAGGCUGCCCCCGCCCCCGUCCCUCCUCCACAAGAACCAGCAUCGUACGAUUCUAUCGUCCCCUAUGUCAGCCUCAGUGUUCACUACAAAGUCUAUGCACUAGGCGAGAAAUACGGCAUCAACGGCUUGAAGGCUCUAGCUGUUUAUAAGUUCGAAACCGAGGGUGAAGAUGAGUUCAGGAGCAGUAUUAACUACUUUGAGGACUUCAUCCAGGUGAUGAAGGAAGCAUACGCCUGCACUGCCGAAGGCGAUCGCCCCCUGCGCGACGCAAUUGUCAGAAUGCUGAAACCGAAGACGAUACUUUUUGAGCGGGAGGAUAUGAAGGAGUUCUUGAAGGAAGAGGGCUUAGCUUAUGAUCUGGUAAUGAGCUACGUGCAGGAUAAUUCGCGGAAGGGAAAGGAAGCAGACAUCUUCUACAGAUAUCAGCUGAACCAGACCAGGACUUAG